AUGACGAACGCACAUCCGCAAGACGCAGCAUACGCCGCUUCACUCAAAUCGCCAGACACUUUCUGGGCUCAUGAAGCUGAGCAGUUGAGCUGGGCCGUACCUCCGAAGACUGUCCUUGAGCGAACGACGAAAACCCUGCCAUCUGGCACGAAACAUCAGCACUGGAAAUGGUUCCCGGACGGCGAGAUAUCUACCUCAUACAACUGCGUUGAUCGACACGUCGAUGCCGGAAACGGCCAGCGUACCGCGAUAAUCUGGGACUCGCCUGUCACCGGUGCACAAGAGAAGAUCAGCUAUGCACAACUUGCAGAAGAGGUCGCAACAUUGGCUGGCGUACUGCGUGAAGAGGGGGUCAAGCGAGGAGACGUGGUCUUGAUAUACAUGCCGAUGAUACCUGCUGCUCUUGUCGGUGUCCUGGCCACUCUAAGACUUGGUGCAGUUCAUGCUGUUGUCUUUGGUGGUUUCUCAGCUCCGAGCCUGGCUCAGCGCAUCGAUGGAUCAAAGCCUCGAGUGGUUCUCACUGCCAGUUGUGGUAUUGAAGGCGCCAAGGGACCAUUGCCAUAUCAGCCUCUGGUACGCGGUGCUAUCGAACAGGCCAAGCACAAGCCCAGUAAAACGAUCGUAUGGCAGCGUGAACAAUGUCGCUGGGAUCCUGUCAUCAAAGAAGACGGUGAGCGAAACUGGCAGCGACUCGUCAAGAGUGCCAAAAAUCGUGGCGUAAAAGCAGAAAAUGUGCCCGUGAAAUCCAAUGACCCGAUUUAUGUCAUCUACACUUCAGGGACUACAGGAGCACCAAAGGGAGUUCUGCGUGAAGCCGGAGGCCAUGCCGUUGGCUUGAGCUUCUCCAUGCGCUACCUCUUUGGAAUCAAGGCUGGCGAUGUCAUGUUCUGUGCAUCAGACAUAGGAUGGGUUGUAGGACAUGGCUAUAUCAUCUUCGCUCCUUUGUUGGCGGGUGCAACGACCGUUCUGUUCGAGGGAAAACCUAUCGGAACUCCAGACGCUAGCACUUUUUGGAGAAUUGUGGAUGAGCACAAAGUCAACGUCAUGUUCACAGCACCAACAGCUCUACGUGCUAUCCGUCGCGAAGAUGGUGAGCACAAGUUCUUCAAGGAGAGAGGUGAGAGGGACGGCCUCAGAACACUGCGCGCGCUUUUCUUAGCAGGUGAACGAAGCGAACCUGCCGUCGUCAAUGACUACACUGCUUUGUUGGAGAAGUAUGGCGCCCCUGGUGCUGCUGUCGUCGACAACUGGUGGUCAUCCGAGUCUGGUUCACCCAUGACGGGAUUGGCGCAACUUCCUGACUCAUGGCACAAAGGUAGAAGUGACAGCCAGAUCAAGCCCCUGGAGACGAGACCUGGCAGCGCAGGAAAGCCGAUGCCUGGCUUCGACAUCCGAGUUGUUGACGACGAUGGUAAUGAGGUACCACAAGGGAAAACUGGAAACAUUGUUCUCGGCAUGCCACUUGCGCCCACCGGAUUUACGACACUAUGGAAAGACGAGAACCGCUUUUACAAGGGAUACAUGCUUCGAUUUGGGGGCAAAUGGAUUGACACAGGCGAUGCUGGUCUCAUUGACAAAGAUGGUUACGUUCAUAUCCACGGUCGCAGUGAUGAUAUGAUCAACGUGGCUGCUCAUAGGCUGAGCACAGCUACGCUCGAGCAAGCCAUCUCAUCCCAUCCAUCAAUAACAGACAACUGCGUCAUCCCGGCACCAGAUCCUCUCAAAGGCCACGUACCUUUUGCAUUUGUCGCUCUUUCCGCAUCGGCUGGCACGAUACCAGAGGGUGAACUUCUCGCCGCCAUCAACUCACGCGUGAGAGCAGCUGUUGGUCCUAUCGCUACAUUGGGAGGUGUCAUUAUAGCACAGGGAGUGAUUCCUCGUACAAGAAGUGGAAAGACCCUACGCAGAGUGUUAAAGCAGAUGGUAGAAGACGCCAGCGAGGGCAACUUUGACAAGGAAGUCGAGGUCCCUGCAACGAUCGAAGAUGUGGAAGUUGUGGAAAGAGCUAGAAAGGUGAUCAAGACUUACUUUACAAGGAAGAGCAAGCUGUGA